UCACGUCUCUCCCUUCACAAAAGAUCAAAAUCCAUUUAUAUUUUCUAGAGAGAGAAAGAGAGUAACAAUGGCAGGAAUCGUUCACAAGAUUGGAGACGCCCUCCACAUAGGAGGAGGAGGUAACGAGCACAAGAAAGACGAGGAGCACAAGAAGGAAGGUGAGCACCACAAGGACAAGAAAGACGAACACCACAAGGACAAGAAAGACGAACACCACAAGAAAGACGGCGAUCACAAAGAGAAAGACAAAGACGACAAGAAGAAGAAGAAGAAGAAGGACAAGAAGAAGGAUGGCCAUGACAGCAGCAGCAGCGACAGCGACUAAUUUAUAAUAUUCUGGUGUUUGGGGCGCCAUGAGAUGAGAGCAUGCUCAAGUCGUAUUUCCUCUCCGUUUACGCCCAACAUUCUAUUUUACUUUUCAAGAAAAGAAAAGGCUUGUUCUAAGCAGGCUGUUGAAUGCUGAAUGCUGUUGCUAGUAGUAGCUCUAUGUAAAAUGUUUCUAAGCAGGCACUGAAUAUUAAUGUGAAACCUCUGACCGACUUUCAUAUGAAUAAGGAUAAAUGCUUAAUGUUAUCUCUGUCUUAGUAUUCAAGUGGUUUGUUGUUUGGAUUAUUGAUUUCAAUGUUACCUCAA